AUGUUGGAAACUCAGACUGGCGUUGUUGAUAUUCCAGACGUGGAAAGUGAAACUCUGCAAUCAUUUUUAGAGUUUCUGUAUACUGACACGAUAACCGAGGCCAAUUGCGAGGAAGUUCUGAAACUGAUGUUAGUAGCUGAUAAAUAUCAAGUUGACAACCUAAAAGAAAGAUGCUCACAAAUACUGACAUUAAAAUUGAGCGUGGAAAACAUUUGUCAUGUAAUUUCUGUUGCUGAAAUGGUAAAUCAUCCGGAACUGAAACUUUCUGCAUUCGAUUUUAUACGAGCAAACAAAAGAGAAAUAAUUUCAUCCUCUGUUUGGUCAGAGUGGAUGAAAAAGAAUAUGGAAUUGGCUAACGAAAUUUUAAUGAAAAUGAUUGCCGAUUAA